AUGGAGAGUGCGCCGAACAAUCAGUUCUUUGGGAGGGCGAGCGAUAUGAUCAUGCUUCCAGAGCAGGGAGCCACAACCGAGACCGAGCCCUUCCCAGCAUUCGAUGAUACCACCUUCGAGAUAUCACCCACUCCCAGCCCAUCCAAGGCCACACCAUGCCGCUCAGCUACAAAUCACAUCUCUCCAUCGCGACCGAGUCCCGGCACCGCCCAUCGCAUUCGCGACAAAGUGAAGGCCCAGCUCAACGAGCGCUACACCGCAGAACAGCAAGAAGCAAUCACAGAGCUCAACUUCGAAUGCCUCGGAGAGCAACAACACAAUAUCCAACAAAGCCGCAAGACCACAGACGACGCGAUGAUCUACAUCGAAGCUCUCAAAGAGUGUCUCGUCACUACAUCCAACCUUCAGCGCGAAACCGCCGACCUGCAUAAGCACGCCACGGAAUCAUUCCAGAGAGCAUCAGAACGACUACAAGCACAUCUGCGCUCCGUGGUCCCAAGUAACAACGGCAGCAUGGGGUUCCCGCAAUAUCACGUCUUGCGACCACACCACGACGCUUUCCACCACGCGAAUAGCUCCGCCGAGAUUGCCACGAACGAUCAAAUCAGUCCAUCGCUUAUUCGAGACCAUCCUCUCGGCAUCAUGCCAGUCAGAAGCCUCGAGACAGUGAUUGAAGAAGGCGAACUUGAGACGCCAGAAUCCAUCCAACACAGCGCCUUCGCUCACGAGCUUCCUCAGCAUGACUACCGACCCGCCCACCUACUGUAG